UCUCAUUUUAUUUCUUUCUCAAACACCAAAUUCAUCACAUUAAUGAUUUUUUUUGAACAAGUUCAUCACAUUAAUGAUGAAAUCUUCUUUUAACAAGUGUUUCUCUUCCUCCACUAAUUCUUCUCAAUUUUUCACUCUCUUUUUCUUCUUCACAUUAUCAUUAACUGCACUAAUUCUUGUUUCUUGUUGGAAUCAUUCUCCAAAUAUCUCACCAUUUUUUGUUUCUUGGAAAUGGAAAGGAGAAGAAAAUUCUUCCUCAAUUGCACCAUAUGGUUCUCAUGAUGGUGAAAAGCUUAACACAAACUUUAAGCAUAAAGGUGCAAACAAAAAGAACCUUAGAGAUCACAAAUACACCAAGUUGGAAAGAAUUGAAUCAAAAUUGGUUAAAGCAAGGUAUUCCAUCAAAGAAGCUAGCAAAAUUCGAAAUUCGACAUCGAUUCAGCAUGACCAAGAUUAUGUUCCUCAUGGUCCAAUUUACAGAAAUGCCAAUGCUUUUCAUAGGAGUUACCUAGAGAUGGAAAAAAUGUUCAAGAUUUUUGUGUAUGAGGAAGGGGAGCCACCAAUGUUUCAUAAUGGUCCAAGCAAAGAUAUAUACUCAACAGAGGGAUUAUUCAUACAUGAAAUGCAAAUGGGAAGACACUAUCAUACUAAUGAUCCAAAUGAAGCUUUUGUGUAUUUUCUACCUUUCAGUGUGGUUAUGAUGGUUCAAUAUAUCUAUGUGCCUGGCGCAUAUGAUAGAAAUUCUAUUGGUCUUUCUAUAAAUGACUAUAUACAGAUUAUAUCUCAUAAAUAUCCUUUCUGGAAUCAAUCUUUAGGUCAUGAUCAUUUCAUGGUUUCUUGUCAUGAUUGGGGUCCAAUUGCAUCUGCUUACGUGGACAACUUGUUCAAUAAUUCAAUAAGGGUACUUUGCAAUGCAAAUACAUCAGAAGGAUUCAACCCAACAAAAGAUGUACCAUACCCUGAAGUGUUUCUCAAGACAGGAGAACUCACAGGUCUACUAGAAGGUUACCCUCCAUCUCAAAGGACAACCCUUGCUUUCUUUGCAGGUCAUUUGCAUGGUCACAUAAGAUACCUACUCCUCAAAACAUGGAAAAACAAAGACCAAGAUGUGCAAGUUUAUGAUGAAAUUCCUGAGGAUGUUUCUUAUCACUCAAAGCUUAAAAGCAGCAAGUUUUGUUUAUGUCCAAGUGGUUAUGAAGUAGCAAGUCAUAGAUUAACUGAAGCUAUAUAUUCAGAAUGUGUGCCUGUAUUGAUUUCUGAUAACUAUGUUCCACCUUUUAGUGAUGUUUUGAAUUGGAAAGCAUUUUCAGUUCAAAUAGAUGUGAAGGACAUUCCUAAUAUUAAGAAGAUACUUAUGGGAAUUUCACAAAGAAAGUACUUGAAGAUGCAGAGAAGAGUGAAACAAGUGCAAAGACAUUUUGUUCCUAAUGUUCCACCAAAGAGGUUUGAUGUUUUCCAUAUGACUAUCCAUUCCAUUUGGCUAAGAAGGUUGAACAUCCAUAUUCAUGAUGAUGAUCAGUCAUAUUAAAUUCUCAUGAUGGCUGUGACAAAUGACAGUUAUCAGAUUUUGUAGGUAUAGAAAAAUGUUUCUUUCUAUACAUUUGUUAAAACCUUAGGAUAUUAGAGAUAUAUUAGUCUUAUUGUAGAACAGAUUCAUUGUCAAUAUGUGAUUAGUUACUUUCUGUUAUUUUAAUUUGUUAAGUAAUCUUCUCAUUGUGAUUCUA